GGUACCCGACCCCAGGUCAUCUUAUGUGGGGCACCUCCCCAUCCAACCUGGUCCAUGGACCUAGUGUCCAGGGGGGUCCCAGCACCACCGCUCAAGGAGCCCCCCACGAGAGCAGUCGAGCACAAGGAGACGAUCAUCCUUAAUGCAGGUCCGAUCCCAAUAUGUGAACCCCACAUGUAUUUUCCACUGCCAAACAG